CUCAAUCUUAAUAUAUAUACGUUUGCAUCUAUCACUGUAUACUCCAUCCUCAUAUUAGUUCAUCUCAUUCUCAAUUCCUCUAUUCAAGAGGAAGUUAGUUUUUUAAUUUGGCAAGAUGAACCAGGCCAUCAUCACUCCAAUUUUUUUUGGAAUUUUGGCUUGUUGGAGUGCAAUUUCGGUUACUGCAGAAGACCGAUAUCAGUUCUUCACAUGGGAAAUUACAAAGGGAACAAUUUUUCCUCUUGGUGUUCCUCAAGAGGGUAUUCUUAUCAAUGGCCAAUUUCCAGGCCCUACAAUUGAAGCCAUCACUAAUGACAACAUUGUUGUGAAUGUCAUUAACAAGUUGGAUGAUAAAUUCCUCAUUACAUGGAGUGGUAUAAAACAAAGAAGGACAUCAUGGCAAGAUGGAGUUUUAGGAACCAAUUGUCCAAUCCCUCCUAACUCAAACUGGACAUACAAAUUUCAAGUAAAAGAUCAAGUUGGAACCUACACAUAUUUCCCAUCAACCAAAAUCCAUAAAGCUGCUGGUGGUUUUGGUGGAUUCAAUAUUGCUCAAAGGUCUACUAUAGCCAUUCCAUAUCCUGCCCCUGAUGGAGAAUUCACCCUGCUUGUUGGGGAUUGGUCCAAGACCAACCACAAGGUGCUAAGGAGACUACUGGAUGUUGGAAAGAGUCUUCCUUUUCCUGAUGCUCUCCUUAUAAAUGGUGUAAAAGAUAAUGCUGUAUUUACAGGAGAAGCAGGGAAGACAUACAAGUUCAGAGUGUCCAAUGUUGGGAUGGCAACCUCAAUUAACUUUAGAAUUCAGGGUCAUUCAUUGAAGCUCAUUGAAGUUGAAGGUGCUCAUACAUUACAAGAAACAUACGAGUCGCUCGAUGUUCAUGUUGGACAAUCUAUGACUGUUUUGGUCACACUUGAUAAAUCUAUUGGUGACUAUUACAUUGUUGCAUCAACUCGUUUCACGAACCCUAUUCUUACUACCACUGCAACCCUUCGCUAUUCUGGAUCGAAUAGUAAGGCCUCGGGUCUAUUACCCGUCGGCCCAACUGAUGUAGAGUGGUCCAUUAAGCAAGCCAGAACCAUCAGAUUGAACUUAACAGCAAAUGCUGCACGACCAAAUCCUCAAGGAUCAUUUCACUAUGGAACCAUCCCUGUGUUGAGGGUACUGCAAUUGGCAAAUUCUAAAUCCAUUGUGAAUGGAAAGUUAAGAUAUGCAGUAAAUGGAAUUUCACACAUCAAUCCAAGCACACCAUUGAAGCUUGCUGAUUGGUUUAACAUUCCUGGCAUCUUUGAUCUCAACACAAUCAAGGACUUUCCUUCUUCAAGCAAAUCUGUCAAACUUGGCACAUCUGUCUUAGGUUUCACCCUUCAUGACUUUGCAGAAAUAAUAUUCCAGAAUGAUGAAAACACUAUUCAGUCAUGGCACAUGGAUGGAUCUAGCUUCUAUGUAGUUGGAUUUGGCAAGGGUAAAUGGACACCCGAUGUGAGACGCACUUACAAUUUGGUUGAUGGUAUUACAAGAUACACUACUCAGGUGUAUCCAAACUCUUGGACUACCAUUUUGGUCUCUUUGGACAAUAAGGGCAUGUGGAACUUAAGGUCUGCAAUAUGGGAAAAUCGGUAUUUGGGACAAGAUUUGUAUAUGAGGGUGUGGAACAAUGAGCAAAGCUUAUACACUGAGACCAAUGUUCCUUUGAAUGCAUUGUUUUGUGGCAAAGCUAAACACUUGCCUAAAUUAUAAGCAUUCCAAGAGGGAUCUACAAUUUGAUUAUUGGCAUAAUUAAGUUUGUAAUUGAGUUUUCUCUUCUUUUUAUUCUUAACAUUACUUUGUUUAGAAAUUUCAGUUACGAGGGUGUGACUGUCGUGAAAAAUGAAAGGAAAAGGGUCAUGUUUAUUUUAGUAAUGAGUCUCCUAAUUGAUUUGAUGUUUCAUUAGAUUAUUAUUUAUUGUAAUCAAAAUGAAUAAUAGUUAUGUCACCUCGUUCCCAUUGUUUGCCACAA